CUUUUUCUCUCAGGACAAGAACUACACCUGUCUUGACUACUUCACCUUUCGUUCCCCCACGUGAUCCCCUCGAAUCCAUCCUCUCUAGGGUUCGAUCUCCCUCUCUCUCAAUCAUGAAACUUCCUCUCUUCUAGAACACACCCAAAAUCUAACUCCUUUGAUCAACGACGGAGAAGAAUGUCUGUCUCCGAGCUCAAGGAACGCCACGCCGUCGCUACGGAGACCGUUAACAACCUCCGUGACAGGCUUAGACAGAGACGCCUCCAGCUCCUAGACACUGAUGUGUCCAAGUACUCAGCAGCUCAGGGUCGUUCUCCAGUGAAGUUUGGAGCCACGGAUCUUGUUUGUUGCCGUACUCUUCUGGGACACACCGGGAAGGUUUAUUCUUUGGACUGGACGCCUGAGAGGAACAGGAUCGUGAGCGCAUCUCAAGACGGAAGGUUAAUAGUGUGGAACGCUCUAACGAGUCAGAAGACUCACGCUAUUAAACUCCCUUGCGCGUGGGUGAUGACAUGCGCCUUCUCUCCAAACGGUCAGACGGUUGCGUGUGGUGGUUUAGACAGUGUGUGCUCCAUCUUCAGUCUCAGCUCAACCGCUGACAAGGACGGAACAGUACCCGUUUCGAGAACCCUCAGUGGCCACAGGGGUUACGUUUCGUGCUGUCAGUAUGUCCCAAAUGAGGAUGCUCAUCUGAUCACCAGCUCGGGUGAUCAGACAUGUGUCUUGUGGGAUGUGACUACUGGUCUCAAAACAUCUGUUUUCGGCGGCGAGUUUCAGUCUGGACAUACUGGUGACGUACUAAGUGUCUCAAUCAGUGGAUCAAACCCGAAUUGGUUUAUAUCCGGUUCGUGUGAUACCAGUGCCUGCUUGUGGGACACUCGAGCUGCAAGCCGAGCGGUGAGAACGUUUCAUGGACACGAGGGAGAUGUUAAUACUGUUAAGUUCUUUCCGGAUGGGUAUAGAUUUGGGACUGGAUCAGACGAUGGGACGUGCAGGUUGUAUGAUUUAAGGACUGGUCAUCAGCUCCAAGUGUAUCAUCAGGCAAAUGGUGAUGGUGAGAAUCUGCCUGUGACAUCCAUUGCAUUCUCUGCCUCCGGGAGGCUUCUCUUCGCUGGCUACGCAAAUAACAGCACUUGCUACGUUUGGGAUACUCUCUUGGGAGAGGUUGUGUUGGAUUUGGGGGAACUGCAAGAUUCACACAAGAAUCGGAUAAGCUGUUUGGGGAUGUCAGCAGAUGGAAGUGCCUUGUGUACAGGAAGUUGGGAUUCAAAUCUAAAGAUAUGGGCGUUUGGAGGGCACAGGAGAGUGACAUGAAGAGUUAUGGUCUCAGUUCCAUUUCCGGUUCUUGUGGUUUUGGUUUAUAUAUUCUGUAGUCUGGAAGUUGUAUAACCCGGUACGGUCGGUUUGUAAUCUGUGGAAAAUAGUUGAGUUGUGUUAGAAAGGAUCAAACAAAAAUUACUGAAUUAUUGAGUGGAGUUGUGUUAUCUUAA